AUGGCGGCCGGGCGAGAAGCGGGUUUCGCCGCCGUCCCGGUUCCUCCGCCGGACAACUCGGCGCUGGUCGGACGGGGCGCCUCCGAGGGUCUCCAGCUGACCCCCGCGGCUCGAAAGGCGCAGCCGUCGGAUCUGGUGGCCUUGGCCGAGCAAGUGGAGAAGGCGGAUGAGUUUGUCCGAGCGAAUGCCUGCAGCCGCUUGACCGUCAUUGCAGAACAAAUCCGAUAUUUACAAGAACAAGCCAGAAAGGUUCUGGAAGACGCCAAAAGAGACGCCGACCUUCACCAUGUGGCCUGUAACUUUGUGAAAAAACCUGGAAAUAUUUAUUACCUGUACAGGAGAGAAACGGGCCAGCGUUACUUCUCCUUGCUUUCCCCAAAGGAGUGGGGGGCUAGCUGCCCCAGCGAGUUUCUCGCCGCCUACAAACUCCAACACGAUCUCUCCUGGACGCCUUCGGACGAGGCAGAGAAGCGAGACGCCCAGCUCAACGUCCUGGAGAAGCUGCUGGACCAACAAACCGUUUUGCCCCCCUGCGGCGAACCCAAUUUCCGCGGCCUUACCAUGUGAUGGCGGUUUGUCACCGGUGCGUGUGAAAAAUUAAGGAGACGUUCGGGCUCCUCUUUGCGAACCUCCUUCUCCUGCGUGCCUUCGAGAAACGGAAGGGUCCAAACGACUCGAUGACAAUUUCCUGUUGGAUAUCUGAAAAAAAUUCCUGAUUUUUUGGAAUCGGGCAGAUUCCAGUUCCCCAUCUGUGCGGUUUUAGGCAUUUAACGAUGGGACAGUGGCCCAAAAAAAGUAAUUUAGCGACCUGAAAAAAGUAGUAAUUUAGCCUCGAUCCGUGUCACCUCCUGCAAGGAACAGUCCAGAUUAAGACUGCCUUUCCUUUU